UUUAUUACAAGGGGAUUUUCUCGGAAGUAGCGAAUGACGCCUGCGCUGUGUUACCAUACACAGCAUCCGGUAAAAAGUCCAUUAAUAUGCUGAGCGGAUUGGAAACGGAUAGCGAAGAUGAAUUACCUCCCAGCUGGGAAGAGCGGGUUAAUCUUGACGGCAAAGUAUAUUAUGCAAAUCAUGAAACAAAGUGUACGCAGUGGAAACACCCAGUAACUGGCAAGAGAAAAGCAGUCAGUGGAGAGCUACCCUUUGGCUGGGAACGCUGCAUGGGGGAAGAUGGAACAGUGUUUUUUGUAGAUCACAUAAAUCAGAAGACAACAUACACAGAUCCAAGACUAGCAUUUGCAGAAGACAUGAAAACCUCUGCAUUAGAUUUUCACCAAAAGUUUGAUGCAGGCAGUACAGCACUUCAGGUGUUGCAUGGCCGGGACCUUACUGGACGCUACGUUAUUGUUACCGGAGCUAACAGUGGCAUAGGAUAUGAGACUGCACGCUCAAUUGCUUUGCAUGGAGCCACUGUGGUCAUGGCAUGUCGUAACCUUCAGUCUGCACAUGCAUGCCAAGCAGCUAUAUUGAAGGAACAAUCCAAAGCCAAAGUGGAGGUUAUUCACCUUGACCUUGCCAGGCUGAAAAGUGUGCGAGAGUUUGCUGAAGCCUACAAAAGAACAGGCUGGCCUUUGCACAUCCUGAUCUUGAAUGCUGCUGUCUUUGGCAUUCCAUGGGAGAUGACUGAAGAUGGUUUGGAAAUGACCUUUCAAGUAAACCACCUGGCACACUUCUACCUUGUACAUCUACUUCAGGAACAGCUCAUUAGUUCAGCACCUGCUCGAAUUGUUGUUGUUUCCAGUGAAUCACAUAGGUUUCAGGACUGGACUAAAGAGACAGUCUCACUAGACACUCUUUCCCCUCCUGCUCAUAAGUACAGUGACCUCCGAGCAUACAAUGACUCCAAGCUGUGCAAUGUUCUUUUUGCUUGGAGUCUUGAUGAUAAGCUUCGUGGUCAAGGAGUGCGAUCAUUUUCUCUUCACCCUGGUAACAUGAUGAGCACAUCUUUAUCACGACAUUGGUGGCUGUACAGACUGCUUUUUGCUCUUGUUCGGCCAUUUACCAAGUCCAUGCAACAAGGUGCAGCAACAACAGUGUACUGUGCCGUGUCUCAAGCCUUAGAUGGUGUUGGGGGGCUGUACUUUAACAACUGCUGUUGCUGUGAACCCUCUGCCAGUUCCUUAGAUGCAGAACUGGCCAGCGCAUUGUGGAAGUUUUCCAACAAAUUAUUACAAGAGAAAAUUAAUGAUGAUGAAUGGUGACACCAGCAAAGAACAUUACAACUAAAAAUUGCUAAAGUAUACAUGUGCGCAUGUGUGUGCUUGCACACACAAGCAUAUAUGAACAUGUAUAAGGGGAUCAAAAGGAUAAUAAACAUUGUGAGUCUUUCUGCCAUUUUAAAAACUUUCUUUUUCCUUAUCAGUGUUGAUAGGAGUUUUAAAAUCUGAUAAUAAAUGGUUUCAUUGUUGAUAGGAGUUUUAAAAUCUGAUAAUAAAUGGUUUCAUUGACAAUUUGAAAUUAAUCACAAUUUUGCAGAUACAGAUUUACUGCUACCAUAAUGAUGAUGGGGUUAUGACAGUCUGAUUUAAGUGAUUUCGUUGCAAUCAUCAAUGCCAACUCAUUUCUUAAAUAUAUACACAGAAAUUUAAAGUAUUGGAAUUUCAUUACCAUUUGACGGAGAUCCAAACUACUUGUAUCUUUACUCCUAACUGUGUGUUAAAUGUCUGUAUGAGUAUGUAUGCCUGCCCUUGUGAGCAAAGAAAAAUUUCUGUCCUGGGUCAUAUUAAUCUUGUUGCUGGCCUGUAAAUCUUUGGGGUAGUAAAAGCUGAGAUAAUUCAAGCCAUGUCUCAUAAUGAUUAAUCUGCAAGAAAUUUAGAUUUGCCAGUUGAUCCUGAUUGAAAAUUUAUUUAUGAUUGUAAAAAAUACUGGAAUGUACUAAAACCUGUUAAAAUAAAGAAAACAAAUAAAAAGUAUAUUUUGAUAGUGUGUUUCCUGCUUUAAAGUAGGCUCAUUGUGUGAUAAAUUAUGUUACAUUAAAAGAACUGAUUCUU